CCCACCCAACGUUUCUGGAAGUAACCCCCAGUCUCCCCACAGGUAGCCCAAGCUCGAUAUAUGAGAAGCUCAAUUUUUUAUUGACCUCUGUAUUGUCACAUAAUUUGAGUGAUUUGCAUAUUUAAAAGAGUUUGUAUGGGGAGAGAAAUAGAGCCGAAAAUUGCGAAAAAUUACUGUUGAAUUUUAAUAAAAAUUGCUUACCUGAACCCCAGUGGUGGUUCUUUCGUGUUCAGGUAAGCAAUAUUUAUUUAACUUCAACAGCAAUUUUUCGCAAUUUUCGGCUCUAUUUCUCUCCGCAUACAAACCCUUGUAAUCACACAAAUUACGUGACAGAGAAAAAUUAAGCUUCUCAUUUAACGAGCUUGGGCUACCUGUGGUCUCCCAGAGUGCACUGCAAGGCAUUAUAAACAUUAUGUUGCGUCAUUAUGCUAGGAAAGAAGUUGUUCUUGAAGAACACUGCGCGAAGGAUCGUGGAGCAGACUUGCUUUCUUUCGCGCAGAAAGCAAACUGUAAGCCUUCGGUUACAUGGAGGCAUGUUUGAGAUUUCCAAGCGUUUCGAGCAGGCUAACCAAGCUGCAAAUCCACAGGAACAUUUGGAAGAGGAGCACGUGAAAGCUGGUCGCAACGCCGAACUUUCGUUCGCGUCUUCUUUGCGUUUAAAGAGUGGACUUGACAGCUCAUCGGUGUUUUGCUGCUUGAGGAUUCCUGACAAAUACCAAGCAAGGAAACGAGAAAUCGAUGUAGUGGUGCUCAGCGUUGAUGGGAUCUUUUGUAUCGAGGUAAAAUGUUGGUCGGGAACUGUAACAAGAAGUGAAGAUGGGUCCAAAUGGAUCCAAACAAGAACCAAACAGGUCUCCACCAACACUUUCGCCACUAAACACAUUGAACACGAAAAUAGCGUAACAGAGACCGAGACCAAGACUCGCCUGCUUAGAGACUACCUGUGUAGAAAAGACGUUUAUGUCUCAGAGAAGUUGUUUCACAGUCGAGUUGUGUUCUGCAACACAAACCUCGAGCUGGAUGAAAAGAUAUCAAAUAAUAGCACUGUUGUCAUUAAACCGAGUGACCAUGACAAAUUCAUUCAAAGUUUUAAUCGUGGCUUCUUGAAAAGUUUGCCUGAGGUAGUUGUGCCAUCAUGGAUUUCUGGAAAACUGUCCUAUUCACAGCUGAGCCAGAUCAGAACCGUACUUUCUGCAACUGGGACUUGGGAUGUGAUUCAUUUAAACGGAGGAAGACAGCUUUACGGGGAUUUCAAGGAAUGCGCGGGGGUUUCUCUCGACCGGCAGAUGUGUGAAGCAAUGGUGUUUUCGCACCAGAGAAGUCGUACUAUGGGUAUGGCAUGGGCAUUGCUCGGCUAUACUCCACAGGUUUCAGUAUCCUUGUUAGAGCGAGGUGGAACCGGCUGGUUAUGGAACUCGUACUGUGCUUCACUGAAAAUACCAUACAACACUGAUGUUGUUUUCCGUAUCUGCGGCGAAGAAGUAGACUCGAAGAUUCCAGCUAACGAUAUUGAACGAAUAUCUAUCAGCAUAUGAUAACAGAUUGUAGAACUGUUAAGCCAUUCAUGGUAAAAGAGGAGUGUUCCAUAACUUUCUUUUAAAAAUCAAAAUUUCAUGCGUUAAAAACCAACCACACGGAGUCACUUGUGAGUGACACGGUUUGCUGUUGGCGUCGGAUCAGUGCGUUAAUUACUUUUCACCUGCUGAACUGUGAGACGUUUUGUUAUCAUGGCGAUGGAUUAUUGAAAACUUGUGGUUACUAAGUUCAUUUCUU